CUAUUUUUUUGGCCUAAUUUCUUAAGUGUGUGCCUUUAUGUUUGAUUGUGGAAAAAACGCUACGAGGAUUCAGGGAUAGCCUAGCGCCAAAUCUUGAUCCCCACCCCUGUUCCCUGACAAGGUCAUGGAGUUAGAUUAUCACUUUGCAAAACAUUCUCACGCAUAUUCACUUCACAGUUAGAUAAGAAUAGUAUACUCAUGGCUCCAGUAUCUCCAGUCUAUAGGUCUUUGAAAGUUCGCCUUCACCACUUUGCCAAACCAACCGAUCCAACUUCUUUAUUCAAUGGCUGUAACUCCAUGGACCAACUUAAACAAAUUUACUUGCAAAUUAUUCAAAAAGGCCUCAGCUCGGACGCUAUGAUAUUUAGUAAAAUUGUUGCUUCUUGUUGUGUUCAUGAAUCUGGUUGUAUGGAUUUUGCCCGUCGCGUGUUUGAGACAAUUCCUCAACCAAACGUUUUCAUCUGGAAUACCAUGAUAAAAGGCUAUUCUCAGGUGAAAAGUCCUUAUUUUGCUAUUUCUAUGUACAUGAAAAUGUUGGAAAAUAAUGUUGAGCCAGACAAUUACACAUUUCCUUUUUUACUCAAGUGUUUUACGCCUGGUGUUGCAUUCAGUUGUGGCAGUCAGAUACAUGUUCAUGUUUGUAAGUUUGGAUUUGAAUCUAAUGUAGCUGUUCAACAUGCAUUGAUACAUAUGUAUUCGUUAUCAAAGCAACUGGACAUGGCCCGAGGGGUCUUUGAUGUGAGUUUAAAGGGUGAUGUGAUAUUGUGGAAUGCGAUGAUAUCUGGAUACAACCGAAGCAAGAAAUUUGAUGAGUCGAGGAAACUUUUUCAUUUAAUGGAGAAGAGAAGAGUGUUGCCCAGUACAGUGACUCUCGUUUCAGUGCUAUCAGCUUGCUCAAAACUAAAGGAUGUUGACACGGGGAAGCGAGUUCAUCAGUAUGUUACAGAUCAUAAGGUGGAAUCAAGUUUAACAUUAGAGAAUACCUUAGUUGAUACAUACGCUGCUUGUGGUGAGAUGGAUAUUGCGCUUGACAUCUUCAAAAACAUGAAGAAAAGAGAUGUGAUAUCGUGGACUAGUAUUGUGACGGGCCUUCUGAACGUUGAACGAGUUGAACUUGCAAGGAAAUAUUUUGAUCAGAUGCCUGAGAGGGACUCUAUAUCUUGGACGGUUAUGAUUGACGGGUACCUUAAACUCAACAGAUUUAAAGAAGUGCUGAUGCUUUUCCGGGAGAUGCAAACUGCUAAAGUGAAAGCUGAUGCAUAUACCAUGGUUAGUAUUCUUACAGCAUGUGCACAUCUCGGGGCCCUGGAACUGGGGGAAUGGGUAAAGGCUUAUAUUGACAAGAACAAGAUCAAGAAUGAUGUAUAUGUAGGAAAUGCUCUUAUAGACAUGUACUUCAGAUGUGGUGAUGCAGAAAAAGCUGUGGAGGUAUUUAAUGAAAUGCAAUACCGGGAUAAGUAUACCUAUACCGCCAUGAUUGUUGGUUAUGCAAGUAACGGACGUGGUGAAGAAGCACUUGUUGCUUUUGAUCAAAUGCUACAAGAAUCUGUUAAACCAGACGAGAUAACGUGUAUUGGUGUGCUGUGUGCUUGCACGCACACUGGACUGGUAGAUGAAGGUAGAAGGUUCUUCUCUAAUAUGCGAGCUAAGUAUGGGAUUGAACCAAAUGUAGCACAUUAUGGCUGCAUGGUUGAUCUUCUUGGUCGAGCCGGGCAUAUCAGGGAAGCAUACGAGGUGAGUAAGAAUAUGCCUAUGAAAUCGAAUUCUGUUGUCUGGGGUGCUCUCCUGGCCGCUUGUCGAGUUUAUAAAAAUGUAGAAAUGGCAGAGACGGCUGUCAGACAUCUAUUGCAGUUGGAACCUGAAAAUGAGGCUGUUUACGUUAUUUCGUGCAACAUAUAUGUAGUUUGCAACAGGUUGGAGGAUUUGAAAGUCUUGAGAAAAAUAAUGACAGACAAAGGAAUUAAGAAAAUACCCGGCUGCAGUUCGAUAGAGGUGAAUGGUAUCAUUCAUGAAUUUGUAGCAGGGGACAGAUCACAUCCUCAAUCUGAAGACAUAUGCUUAAAGUUGGAGAAUCUGAAAGAAAAUUUAGUACUUGUAGGUUAUACACCUGAAAUUUCAGAGGUUUUCGUCUAGCUGUUGAUAAAGAGACUAUUAUACCAUCGUGAUCUCAAUUAGCAUGUCAAGGAGAUAGCAAUGUUGUCUGAUUCGUAUACGUUCUUUACAAGAUUGCCACCAUGUAGCAAAGUUAAAUUUCUCAAGUUCUUGUUUGGAAACUUGGGAAAUCAUUUCAGAUUUUAACAAAUGACUG